CCUAAUGUAGUCGUGUCUCUGAUUUUAGGCAUUUAUACACUUUUGUCCUCCGCGUUGCAACCUUCUGCUUCAAUCGUCAUCGUCAUCGUCAUCGUCAUCGUCAGUUUGUCUGCAAUGUCUUGUUCAACCAGGUUGAAAACCAAUUUGGGGAUGAGGUCUGAUUUGAGUACUCAUGAGGUUCUUAACAGUAACGAUGCUAUGUGUGAGGUUCUUCUCCUGCUUCCACCGGAAACAAUCUACCAGCUCAUCUUGGUCUCCAAGAGAUGGCUUCAGAUUAUCUCCAGCCCAUACUUCCGUCACACUUACUUAACCAAGUGGAAACCUACCUUUCAACUCAUUGGCUUCUUCGUCUGCAGCUCUAUGUACCUUGGAAGACGCCAAGAAGGUGUUCGUCGUCCUCGAGCUGAGCCAUCCCUUCCUUUGCUCUCAACCAGCAGUAUUGGUGAUGAAAUCGAAUCCUCUGGUGUUCUGAAGAAGCUUGGUUACUACAUCGACUCUUCAAACGGUCUUUUACUUUGUGGCCGCCAUCCAAAAGCUUACUACUUGUGGGAUUUGAGUACACAGAAGCAGCAGCAACUUCCACGUCCUAGAGUUCAUUUCGAGGAACUUUGUAUGUCUUUGGUCACUGAGGAUUGUCCUGAUAAAGGGUUAAGCUACAAGGUGAUCAGGGCUGAGUGUUUAGGCUUUACUGAUAACAGUACAAAGGUCAGGGUAGAGACUUUUUCCUCGAAGACUACUACCUGGAGCUACUCAGAGCUUACUUGUCCUGAGCCUAUAUCUCUCAGUUCGUGGACUCCAGGGAGAGUGAUCAACGGAGUUGUUUAUUGGCAUGCCACAGGAGGUAAAAUUGCCAUCUAUGACUCGAACAGUGAGGAGAAGCGGAUCGAUGUGGUAAAGCUUCCGAAGACAUAUGACUAUGAUGAACAGGUUCUGGGUGAAACCGCUGAUGGGUGUUUACAAUACGGAUGGAGCACUAAGUCGGUAAUGGAGGUGUGGAAGCUUGAAAAGAUAGACAAUGUGCUUCAGUGGAACCUUCUGUUUAAGCUAAACUUCAAGACGAUGUGGAGGAAGAACCCAACAGAAGCUACAAGAUUCAACACUCGGACUAAAGAAACACAGCUGCUCGCGUUCCUCAAUCAGAAGUCGGAUUCGGUUUACAUCAGAUGUGAUACACAAAUUUUCGUCUACGACAGAGAGACUCAAAGGGUCGAAGUAGUUCAGUACCAAGGACGUAAGUCGGCAUUCGUUUGGGAGUUCUGCAAAGUCGUGCCUUACUUUCGCCGCACUUGGCCUUCUUCUCCUCUGUUUGAAAACAAUACCAUGAUGAUCGACACUCCUCAAUGCAACGCCUCUUCCGCAGGAACUAACUAAGUAGUAUUAUGCUAUUAUAUCAGUCCGUGUGUAGGCCAUUGGACUACCGUUUAUGUUUUUGGGGCUGAUUUUUUUGGUUUGACCAUUGAUGAACCUCUCAUGGUUUUGAUGUAUAUCUCAUGUUUGUGUCAUUAAAGGUCAAUUGACUCUGCUGUUAGCGUUUUCCUUUAGGAUCUUCGUUUUGUGGUCGACUCAGUUUUUAAGAUAAUCAUGAUGGUGAUUUUCACA